AUGUCCACCGGAAUGGCCGCGCUAUGUGCCUCGGACGCCUUUUCAUGGCCCUCCAUUCCUGGCGCUCAAGUGACAGCCUUGGAGGCCUCCUAUGUGUCCAAUGUCACCAAGUUCAUCUCAGAGUACUAUUACUACAACCACGGCAACGUACAGGCAAAUGAGGUAAGCUUCUGCAAUGUCACGCUAUCCUAUCAACAUACCGGCAAAAACGACUCGGUGAUGGUUGGAAUUUACCUACCCAGCGAAGAUUGGAAUGGGCGCAUGCAAGGCAUUGGAGGAAACGGGUAUACCGCAGGCUUGACAUCCGUGAUCUCCGUAGGCAUGAUCGGCGGUGUGGCUGAAGGCUAUAUCACUGUGACCACUAACGGUGGUCACACUGGCACUGGCGGCUUCAAUGAUGAUCCUUCUGAAUGGGCCCUCAACAGCGAUGGAAGCUUGGAUUAUCAAUCUAUCGAGGACCUCGCCACCAUCUCUCUGAACGAUGCUUCUCUAUACGCCAAGUCACUGGCUCAGAGUGUCUACGGCACUCCGCCAAAAUACUCGUAUUGGACUGGUUGCUCUCAAGGUGGUCGUCAGGGUAUGCAGCUCGCACAGAAAUACCCCGACGCUUAUGAUGGCAUUGUCGCCGCUUCCCCCGCGAUCAACUGGUCAGAGAUGUUUGUGAGUGGAGUGUGGGCACAAUUCGUAAUGAACAUGAUGAACGAGUACCCUUACGGGUGCGAGAUCGAUGGUGUUGUCGCGGCCGCCAUCUCUGCCUGCGAUACUGCUGAUGGAGUUGUUGAUGGUAUUGUCUCUGACCCUACUGCAUGCGAUUUCGAUCCUUUCUCUGCAGUCGGCACUCAGAUCAAUUGCACCGAUACCAAUUCCACGCGAACCAUCUCGAACGCGACAGCCCAGAUUGUCAAUGCAACCUGGACAGGACCACGCGGUUCAGAUGGCCAAUUCUUAUGGUAUGGAUACGAAAAAGGUGCAACUUUGACAGGCGGUACUACGGUAGUCAACACAGAGUGCUCGAACUCAACCUGUAUCGGAGCACCUCUCUCAAUGCUUCUCGACUGGUUGCAAGUAUUUGUUGAGCAGGAUUUGGACUUUACAGUUGCAAACAUUACUUCUCAUGAGCAAUUUGACUUUUUGUUCGAGAAAAGCCUUCAGAAAUGGGGCUCGUAUCUCGGAACCAACAACCCAGAUCUGUCUGAGUUCCGGGAUGCUGGAGGUAAAAUGCUGUCCUAUCAUGGCUUGAUGGAUGAAGUCAUCCCUACCCAGGGAAGCAUUGACUAUUAUGAGAAAGUGCUCUCUCGAGACGCCAAUGCCGCCGAAUACUAUCGAUUCUUCGAGGCGCCUAUGAUGGGUCAUUGCUAUGGUGCAUCUGGCGGUUAUCCUUCUACUAUUUUCGACAGCAUGGUGGCUUGGGUAGAGAACGGUACUGUUCCUGAGACCCUCCCUGUCAGCUAUACCCCCAAGGAUGGCAAGACGUAUGACCGUAUGCUCUGCCCUUACCCACAAACCGUCAAGUACAAAGGUACUGGAGACCACACACUUGUCGAGAGCUUCUAUUGCGCUGAGUAA